AUGGAGAGCCGGGGGGUGACCCCGGGGCCCUACCGGGCCACCAAGCUGUGGAAUGAAGUGACGACUGGUUUCCGGGCCGGCAUGCCUUUGAGGAAGCACCGGCUGCGCUUUAAGAAGCACGGCAGCUGCUUCACAGCCUGCGAGGCCGCCGACUGGCUGUGUGAGCUGCUGAGGAGCAACAGCAACUUCGGGCCCGAAGUGACCAGGCAGCAGACCGUGCAGCUGCUCAGGAAGUUCCUCAAGAACCACGUGAUUGAAGAUAUUAAAGGGAGAUGGGGGUCGGAGGAUCUGGAGGACAACAGCCAGCUCUUCAGGUUUCCUACAACUUCUCCACUUAAAAGUGUACCACGCCAUCAUCCAGAAUUGAGAAAAAGCAGCUUAGAGAAUAUGUCUAAAGAGAAAGAAAGUAUCUUUAAGUUACGGCAUUUAUCUCGCAGAACUCCUAAAAAGCCUAUCUCUCAGGAAAAUAAGGAGAAUGUUAGAAGUGAAACUGAAGAUGAAAAUAAAGAAAACCCAGUAGAGGAAAGGGAAAUAAGCCAAGAUGAUAUCGAAGAAAUUUGGAGACAUAUUAUUAUGAUGCACUUACAAACCAUUUUAGGGAUGCCGUCUUUAGAAGAAAUCUUGGAUCCAACACAAGUAAUACCUCAGUAUGUAAUAUAUAACAUGACGAAUACAAGUAAACAUGGAGUAGUUGUGCUGCAAAACAAAGCAGAUGACCUUCCUCACUGGGUAUUAUCUGCUAUGAAGUGCCUAGCAAAUUGGCCAAGAAGUAAUGACCUGAGUCAACCAACUUAUGUUGGAUUUGAACGAGAUGUAUUCCGAACCAUUGCCGACUAUUUUCUAGAUCUCCCAGAACCGCUACUUACUUUUGAAUAUUAUGAGUUAUUUGUUAAUAUAUUGGUUGUCUGUGGCUACAUCACGGUUCCAAAUAGAACCAGUGGAAAGCAUAAAAUCCAAGAUGAUCCACAGUCUUCAAAAGGCCACCUUGUACAUAAUAUGAACUCUUUCAAAUCGACUGAGUGUCUUCUUCUUAGUCUGCUUCAUAAAGAGAAGCAUAAGGAAGGCUCAAAAACCUCUGAGACUCUUCAUAUAAAUGAGCAGGAAUCUAAAAACCUCUACACUGAGAAACUGCCACUUUGUGAUCCAAGCGACAGAAGAUCCAGGGCUAAUGUCUUAAUUGGAGGGAGUUGUCAGAACUUAACAGGUCUGAAAAAUGAAUCUGUUUUGCCUUUAUCUAAGCUUAAGCCAAGGUGCUAUUCUUUGGAAAGAAUUGUAGAUAGUUCAGGGUUUGGUAGUACAGAAGGCCUGAGCUUCAAUCAGUCUCAUCUUAAUGUAACAGGACAAAAUAAGGAAAAAGAAUUCUUGGAUUUUGAAUCCAAAGAGAACUCUAAACUGGAUAUUUGUUCAGACGGAGAGAGUCAAAAGUCAUCCUGUGUUGGUUUUAAAAGAACAUCCACGGUAACUGUUCAAGACCAGGAGGAAUCAUGCAAUGGGAAACUCAAAUCGAAGCAGCUUUGUAGGUCUCAGAGUUUGCUUUUCAGUAAUCGUAGAAGAAGUUGCCGCAUCAAUACGCCUGUUGCUGAAAUUACAAUGAGGCCAAAUUGCGUGGAUCACCUUGGACAGAGCACCACAGAUGUGUCUGUAGCCAUGGAAAGUGAGCCUUGGGAUUCCAGAACCACAGUCAGGAAAAGACUCUGCCAGAGUACCUUAGAGCUUUCAAGAAAGUCUUUCCCUCCAGUUUCUUCUAUGCUGACUGACACUCCGAGUUUACUACAGCCUCAUUUAGAGAGAGUUGCCAUCGAUGCCUUACAGAUAUGCUGCUUGUUGCUUCCUCCGCCAAACCGGAGAAAGCUCCAACUUCUAAUGAGAAUGAUUUCUCGGAUGAGUCAGAACGUUGAUAUGCCAAAACUUCAUGAUGCAAUGGGGACAAGGUCACUUAUGAUACAGACGUUUUCCCGAUGCGUGCUGUGCUGUGCUGAGGAAGUCGAUCUCGAUGAGCUGCUUGCUACACGAUUAGUUUCCUUUUUGAUGGAUCAUCAUCAAGAAAUUCUUCAAGUGCCGUCCCACUUGCAGGCUGCCGUGGAGAAGCACCUGGACUACCUGAGGAAGGGCCAUAUUACGUGUCCUGGGGAUGAAGCAAUUGCCGCCUUGCCAACUUACUCCUACUGUCAGCAGAUAAGCACCCAGGAAUUUGAUGAACAGAAAGUUUCUACCUCUCAGGUCGCAAUUGCAGAACUUUUGGAGAAUAUUAUUAAAGAUAAAAGCUUACCUCUAAAAGAAAAAAAGAAAAAAUUAAAGCAGUUUCAGAAGGAAUAUCCUGCCAUCUACCAGACGAGAUUUCCAACUACAGAAAGUGAAGCUGCCCUGUUUGGUGACAAGCCGACAAUCAAGCAACCAAUUCUAAUUUUAAGAAAGCCAAAGUUCCGUAGCCUUAGGUACUAACUGAUAAUCAGACGAUAUUAAAUGAAGCCAUAUACUGAAGGACAUGACAUUAAGGCAGUCUGCUUUUCCAAAAUUAGCAUGCUACAGACAUGGAAAGGUGCCAAAGUAUGAGGGCUCUGGGUUUCCUAUGGAAGAUCACAUCAAACCCAGUAGGUCUCAAUGGUAAACAAAUGAAGAAUGAAAGUACAAUUAGUGUACAAAAGUAUUCUGAGCAUCUCAUGCAAACAACUGGAAAAGCCGUGACCACGUGUGCCCGAAGUUGAUGCACUUGACCGCUGGCCAAAGGAUGCCUGAGCAGCAAGACAAACUCAGAAUUCUUUGAAAAGAAUUUACCCGCGUGUGCUGUGUGAAUGUGUUGUGACAUGAAGUUCUAGGUGAUUAGGGUUGCUAAUUAGCCAUUUAGUCCAAGGAUAGCUUGGUGAGGAAUCUUUAUAAACUUGGUAACUUAUAUAUUCUGCUAUGUUUUGCACUCAUAUUUUUCUGUGUUUUUUAUAUAUUUGUGUGUAUUUGUUUAAAAGCUAGAAAUACAGUAUAACAUUUCACUUGUUUCUGAUAGGGUUACAGUAUUUCAAUCUGGUUGUUCAACCAGUUGAGAUGCACUGCUGUGUUAAGGAUACAGAAGAAAUAUAAAUCUUGGCCUAUGCCUCCCAGGCCAGAAGGGCAAGGCCCUCACUCCAUCUUGUCUUCUUUUCUCUACUUGGACCCAGUUUGAGGGGAGCAUCUUUCAUAGGCACAAGCCCAGGGCCAGGACUGGUGCCAGCAGAUGUCUGUAAAAUCUCUGUAGUUUUGCCCCACCUCCCUCACAGAAGCAUGGUUAAAAGUGUUCUUUAGAAAUAUUACCUGCUCAAGAAGGAGGGUGUCAUGAGUAACAUGGCAAUGAAGUGAGGGAGCUGCUUAUACUGAGGACCCUCACGCCGUGGCCUUCCAUGGAUCCCUAGGAUAGCUUCCUCCUCCACUUUGCUCAUUUGUUCUCCACCAUAAUAUUUUGACUCUUUAGGUCAAAAAAGACUGAAUUGUACAUUCUGCUUCUCAGUGGAAUCUCACGAUGCCUUAAUUGUUAAAUGGUAGCAUUCUAAUUAACGUGUUACCACUUUUUAUUAAAGGUUUGGUAGUUUAAAGAGAGAUGGUUUAGAUAAGUGGAUAUUUCAGCCAGGUAUAUUGUCUCUAAAAUUGCCGAACAUACUGAACCCAAUUACAUUUUAAGUAUGUCCAUGUACUUUAUAUACAAGCAUCUUUGCUGUUUAAAAGUAUGUGAUAAUAUGAUUGUGUUGGAAAUUGAGGUGAAAAUCAUUAUGUGGGGGGGUUUUCAAUGGUUUGAUUUUGUAUAUUCAUAU